AUGGAAAUGGCGGAACAGAUAGACGAUUCGAAGUUCUGCACAAUGAACGCCGAAGCCUCCAUCAGAAUUAUGGGCAACAUGGGAAUAUAUGGCAACUCGCCUGACAUCACCAUCGCUAGUAGUGGCCUGAUAAACAGCAUAACCUGGCGACCUAUGCUAACUCUCGCAUCAGACCAUCUGCCCAUAAUUAUCCUUAUCGAGAAACCUCCAUACUUUAUUUUUGUGGACAACCGCAACUUUGUUAACUUUAACAAAUCUAACUGGAUCGGCUUCACAGAAGUUACCGAGAUCACCUUCACCGCUCUACCAAUUCCUACGGACGUCAUCGUUGGCGGCUGUCAAUUCCGCAAGAUGAUCGCUGCUACUACUGCUCGCUUCAUACCGGCUGAAAGAAUUGCGGAAGUUCGCCGUUAUUUCCUCACCGAAGCUGUUUUAGAAAAUGAUCCCUGUGAUCUCCGAAUAAGGGAUCUCAAUUUUGAGAUUGGGCAAAUGGUAAACUAA